GGAAAUACGAAGUAGAAGAAAAAAAAGUUUUUGUGGGCCACAAAUCGGAUAUCCCCAUUAACAUAAUGGGCCUGUUGGCUUCAUUCGCCCUAAGACUAGCUGUGACUGUGGCCGAAGAACUCUGCAAUGGAAGACGAGAAGAGAGACGGCGGCGGAGGGGAGGAAAACGGCGAGAAGGAAGGGCACCACCUACUGGGUGAACCGACCUUCGUAGUACUGGAGAAUGGGCGCUUCAAGUGCGUGGAGACCGGCCACGAGCUCCCGGCGCACGCCAGGGACUCAUAUGCCCGGAGCAAGCACUGCCGUUUAGGCCUCAUCGAUGCAGCUCUGGCUUCUAAAAAGCCCAUCCUCAACAUGUUCUCUCAAGAUCCUCUUUCCAAGUCAAAAUUAAAAUGCAAGUUGACAGGACUCGUUGUUAACAAAUCUGAGGAGCAUAUUUGGAAACAUAUUAAUGGGAAACGCUUCCUAAGAAUGUUAGAGAAAAAGGAAGCAGAGCAGGAGAUGCCUGAUAAAAUGCUGGAGGAGAAAACAGAACAGCAAGAACAGGAAAAACCAAAGAAGAAAAAGAAAAAGGGGAAAGUAGAAAAAUCUGAGAGCGUUAUAAUAUCUGAAAUGAGAGAUCCUGCAGGUAAUGAGAGUGAUACAGAAGAAGCAGACUUCUGGGAGCCUCCGGUUGGAGAACGUUGGGAUUGUGAUGAUGGGGGAGACAGAUGGGGUUCUGACUCAGAGCCAGAACCAGAAAAUGAUGUUGUCGAUGCUCAAGAUGAAUUGUCUGAAGAGGCUGUCCAUGAGGCAAGAAAACUCUCUAAGCAGACAAAACGGAUGACCAUUGAGAUUGGACCUAGCAGCUUUGCUUCAAGGAAGAAGAAGAAGAAGACAGAUGCCUCAUGAAUAUAUUCUUAAGCGAUAAAAAUACAGUGAGCAUUUAGUGAAAGUGAAACUGAACUACUAAGCAGGUUGCAGGCUAUGUAAGGUUUCAUCACAUGAGUGUAAUUUUUAAGAGACCCUUAAAAAGUAUUUCUGUUAUGUUCUUGACAAACUUUUUUUUAUGGGUGAUAGGAAACAGAAAAGCAUUCCUCCAGACUUGAUCUUCUUUUCUACGGAGUAUAUUUCUUUUCACUGCUCCUAAGUUUUGUUUUUCAGCCAUUGGAUUCUCUAUUCUAUUAUUCUGUAGCAGCCUUACAUUGUGUGAUUUGUGAGGCUUCUCCAUUGCAAUUGUACUUAGUUUUCUUCAUACACAUAAAAACGAUUCGGAAUAUAGAUACAAUUUCAAAAUUGUAUCUAUAUCUGAAGUCUCUGGGACAUUGAU